AUGACUGCAAACGAUCUUGGAAUCGCUUUGCAGCACGCCCAGGAAGGAGUACAAGGCUACGACUUCUUUGGAGAUCAUUCCAAUAUGCGGCAUCCUCAUGAUCCACCGUCACCAUACGGCUAUAACCAACGGCAAGAAGAACAGCUAAACUAUGGCACGAACCAGCGCGGAAUUCCCCAUCCUUUUGGGAACGGUCAUAUACAAAACUCCAGUAUCGGCCAAAACGACACGACCUUACCAGAGCUUGUUCGCCGGACAAACCUAGCCGUAUCACUCGCAAAUCAUAAUAUCAACCCGCGAAGCCAGUUUACGCAAGUGCAUCCCAUGAUGUGCUUUGACGGGAGAUUUCCUACGGACUUCCGGAGCCCCAAGACCGUUGAGUCAGUCAAGCUUUUAGAUGUUGGAUCGAAUUUUACAGGAAUACAAGUUGCCUUACGACACCCGCUCGAUAAUGAGUACCUUAAGCUCAAAUCUGUUAAGAGACGGCAGGGACUCGAUCAGCUCAUCACGUUUGCGGCAAGCCAAACUACAGAUUCUAUUUGA